UCAUAGUUGCAAAAUUUAUUCAGUGCAUACAUCAACAUGGCAGCCCCCAGUGAAAAGUUGUUUUUGGAAAUUGCAUCUUUGCCAAAUUUCAGGGUUCUCUGGGGGCCAAAAACCAAUGCAGACUCAGAAAAGUCAAAAAAUGUAGUUCUGUACCGAUCAUCACGCCCAGAUUUAUUGGACGAAAGAGGAUUGUCAUUUUUCAAAAAAUUAAAAAUUAAGAGAAUAUUGGACUUUAGAUCCAAGAAGGAAUAUAGGAAAGCUAAUGGUAAAAAAGUUUUGGAUGAAACCUAUCCUGUUUACAAAGUGGCUUUUCCGCACGGAAGAAAUUAUAAGCCAAAUGAAACAGUCAUUUUGAAGUCAGUUCCUAACAGACGAUGCAAUUUUGAAUGGUUUACUAAACUAGCAAAAGGUAAAGUGAACCAGGAAGCUGGAGAUCAAAGUUCAGACAACACCCCACUUGGACAACAUAUCUUGUUAGACUUUUUUAGUGCAGCCUAUAUUUGGACAGUAUUUAAACGAGCACCAUGGUAUCUGCAACUCUAUUCUCUAAUAUUUCUUGCAAUAGACAUUAUUUUCAACACAGGUUACAUGUAUUUUGUCCGAUUUUUUGCACGGAACGUGUUAAAUCCAACCGGUCUGAUUGGCCAGUACAAAGAUAUGAUUGACAUGAGCCAGAGAAGUAUUUGUGCAGCUUUGAAGCUUUUAACAGAUAAUGAAAAUUAUCCAGUUUUAAUUAAUUGUGCUCAUGGCAAAGACAGAACGGGGAUAGUAUCAGCAUUAGUUUUAUCUUGUCUUGGUUUACCCAGACAAUAUAUCAUUACAGAAUAUGCUUUAUCAAGGAUGGGUACAUUAAAUAUGAAGGAACGACUAUACACUGAAAUAGUAAAGAGAUUUCAUAUGAGUGAAGAAUUUGUAACCGCAGAAGCUGAUACUAUGAAUCAAUUAUUGGAUUAUAUUUGUGAAAAGUACGGUUGUAUUAAGAAUUAUUUGGAAUGUAUUGGAUUUGGUGAAACAGAGCAAGAAAAACUAAAAGAACAAUUAGGAAAAUAUAUUGAGAUAAAUGAGGGAGAUGACAAGAUUUUGUGUCCAGACUUUUGAUGGAAUUCAAAAAGAUUUACUCUUUUUUACGUCAGUACAUGUAGUAUGAGAAAUUUUAUCCUUUUAUAGUUUCAAAACAUGAUGUAAUACAAGUAUAUAAAUGAGACAAUCUGAGGUGUGUUUUUUAGGUGAAAAAGAUAUCUCUCCACAUAAUUUAAUGAUUGUUAAAAUGUACACAUGUAUGAUCGUUCAAAUUAACUCGUGGAGUCUGUUCCCCUGACUUUGUGAUCGACUUAGAACAUUUAAAGUUCUUAGGAUUUUGUUACAUAUUUUAUUUUUAGUUCUAAGACAUUUAUGUCAAAUUAUCUUCAUGACAAGUGAAUACAUAUAUUUGAAGAAGGCCUAAUCAAUCAAUAAUGGGCUCAAUUGAUGAAUAAACAGAGCUCAAUUGAACAGCAGGCACAAGAUGAACUCAAUUGUUCUUGCUUUUCAGUUACUUCAUGUUCUAAUUAUGUAAUUUAUUUAUUUUAUAAGAUUAAAAUAUUUGAAAUGUGAUCAUUAUUUAACACAUUCAAUAAUGCAAUAAUUAUUAAAUUUAAUUGUUGAAACAAAUAUUUAGUUUGAGCUUGAUUUGUGUUUACCCUGAAUACUUACUGUAGUAGUUUGCAGUUGGUCAUUCUCUAAAACCCAUUGUCAACUCUGGGUGUCUGAGAGCGAAACCUGUUUGUUCAAGUUCUGUAUUACAAAUUAUUAUCAAUGCAUACCAUUUACACCCUAAUGCAAUUGCUUAUGUAUUAAUGUAACCUAUUAGGCAAUGUUAGUUUUAUAAAUUAAGCUUUUGAUGUUAGCAGUUGUAUUAAUAUUAUAUUUAUGUGAGUAUGUGUUUUUGUAUGAUUUUAUGUAUAUGGGGCCAAUGUGUAUUUAAUUGUUGUUAAUUAUAUUUAUGAAUUUUUUAAUUAUUGUUUUAUUUACAAAGAAAAAAAUAAUAUAUGUCUUGUUUUUUUUUAAUUGAAUGUUUUGUUAUAUUUUCUGAGGAAUAAUAAAUAAACAUGCUCAUAUUUUCACUUGUUUCAAUGGCAUGUGGUAAUUGAACUGGAGAUUUUUCAACUAUUCUAUCAUCUUUAUCAAGCAAUAAUACUGUGAUAAAAAGAUGAGAAAUUAUAUACUUGUAAACAAUAAAACAAACAACUUAGUUAAACAUACAUUAUGCAAGAGCUAAAUCUGCCUAUUGCAGGUCUUUCUUUAGGCCUGGAAUGUUUUCUAAAUUAUUAAUUAGACAGUAAUUAACUGAUCCAGGCCAUAAUCAACUCUCGAUGGCAUCAGAUUUCUCCGAUAUUAAAUAGGUUAGAAAGGUUCAGCCUUAUUUUGAUUUAAUUUAACAAGAGCAUCGCUAACGCAGCAAUAUACGUCCACAUUCCUGUUUUGUUUGAUAUGGUCCAGUUUGCAUUGAGGGUCUGUGAAAUAAAACUGAGUUGUAGGACUG